CUGUGUUCUCAAGCAAUUGUUAGAAUUCUCCUACAUUGGAGACAUCCUGAGCAAUCAUGAACUUCAAGAACCUUUUCCUGUCUUUCUUCUUCGUCCUGGCGGUUGGACUUGCUCUUGUCCACGCCGAAGAGGCCCAGCCCCGGGGUCCCAAGAUCACCAGUAAGGUGUUCUUUGAUAUUGAGCACGGAGACAAGCCUCUGGGCAGAGUCGUGCUUGGCUUGUAUGGCAAAACUGUCCCUAAGACCGCUGAGAACUUCCGUGCUCUCGCUACUGGUGAGAAGGGGUUUGGCUAUGAAGGGUCUACCUUCCACCGUGUCAUCAAGGACUUCAUGAUCCAGGGUGGUGACUUCACUCGUGGCGAUGGUACCGGUGGAAAGUCUAUCUACGGUGAGAAGUUCGCCGAUGAGAACUUCAAGCUGAGGCACACGCGCAAGGGUCUGCUGAGCAUGGCCAACGCCGGCAAGGACACCAACGGCUCCCAGUUCUUCAUCACCACCGUUCCUACACCUUGGCUCGAUGGCCGCCACGUUGUCUUCGGUGAAGUGCUCGAGGGCUACGAGAUUGUCGCUCAGAUUGAGAACGUGCCUAAGGGCCGUUCUGACAGACCCGUGGAGACUGUCAAGAUUGUCAAGAGCGGAGAGCUGGAGUCUGAGGACAAGGCUGAAGAAAAAGGUAGCAGCCACGAGGAGCUGUAGACCUGUUUCCUGAGGUCUCAGCCUGCUUCUCGAUAAGUCUGUGAUGUGCUGAUCGCUUGUAAAGAAACGAGCUCUGAAGAAGAGUCACAACCUUCAGCAAUUGCUGUUGUUCCUUCUCCAACCCCUUUGUCUAUGACAUCUGAUAACGCUCCUUACAUCUUCCCGAAAUUCGCAGCGCUUGCCAUUGUUAUCGGUCUC